GGACCGCAGACGUCGUUUGAGACGUCGGACCUUGGCUUGGGUACCAAGUAGCUCCUUCCAUGGUGCCCUGGCCUGGUAUGGCAGUGGCAGCUGGCGAUGGGUGUGGAAAAAGUCCCGGCGUUUGGGAAGCCAACAGGGCUGAUAGGGCUCGAGCUUGGGCGCCAGCAAAGGGAGGGGAAGGGGAAGGGUACCGGUACGAGUACUGUAAGCGACAAGCAAGCGGGGGUAUGUUGAACGACAUAGAACAUUUUGACAGCUACAACACCCAACACCCCGCACUGCCAUGUUCCCCGACUACAGUAUCACCACCAGCCUCAUUUGUCUCGCUCUCUCGCCACUCAAAAACACUUCCACUUCUACCGUAUCCUGGCUCCCGCUCCAGCUCUUCUUUCUUUGCGCAACACACCAACACCACUACCAUUCAAAAGCCUCUCACUGCUACACUACCAGCAGCCUGCACCACCUCCAAACUUUGCAGGGCCACCCACGUAACUGCAUGCAGAGUGAAAGAUCUCACACCGAUUCAUUACGGGACCCUUCAUCACUGAACCUUCUCGCGGCACUCACCAGCACAGCCGUCUAAUGGCCCCUUGCAGCACUCCUGGCGCUUGUUUUGGGGGGGCAGAAUCUGUAAAUGGCCCCCAAUUCAUGUCUGUUGGCCCCCACACAAAGCUCUUGGAGUCGGUGUGGUGACCUUGGUCCCCUCUGUAGGAGCAGCAGCCUAGUCGAGAAUGGAUCUGACAUUGAGUGAUGGUGACACUUCUCUCCACUGCCGUUGUUCGUGAUGGCCGAGGCGGAGGAAAAGGAUUCGUCUCUUAUUAAUAUGCCGUUACAUCGCAAUUUGACCCUUCCUUUCAUACGGUUUCUCCCUUUCUAUAUCAGGUACCCGAGACAGCCCUCGAGGCACGGUCUCCCCGCGAACUUAUCUCACAAUCAAAUCAUCAAGCAUUUUUGGGGGGUGGGGUUUUUUGUUAUCACAGUGCAUUUUUCCACUUGACCCAAAUGUUUUGUUUCCUUUUGGCUUAUUGUUAAAGAUUGAAUACCCUUCUACGUGACAUCCUUAGCUGUCUUAAGAUGUUUGGUUGUUUGAGAGAGAGCGAGCCAACCUGCGACUAUAUUACCGCGCCUACUACUCGUCCUAGCACCGCAUAUCAUUGUGGCGACAAGUAAGUCGUCCACAGGCUCUUGCUCAUUGGCUUUUCUCCCACUUCCCCUCCAUGCUUGGUUUGGGUUCCUAUCUACUGUGCCCCCUCCUCUGAUUGUGGCUCUCUUGUUCCUUCCCAUUGGUAUAUAAAUCAUAAGCUGACCUGGUUCUAAAGAAAGCAAAGGCACAGUGUAAGUCAAACAUAUAACCCGUCCACCAGGAAGACCUUCCGAGACGGUUCCUUCUUCUUCGCCGCUUCGGAAUCAGCCUUCUCCACAAACGAAGCUGCCUCCAUAUUUUGUGCAUACAUUGCUUGGACUGAAUCACUUCACCGAAUCGUCAAACAAUACAUUGCCCGAAACGCCAGGGCGUCAAUACCAACAAAGCCGCUUGAUUUGCCUCUUGUCGAGGCCGAUUACCUACUUCUUGACCAACAACCUGAAGCACCAACGCCAGGGCAACGACUUCGCGAAAACACCUGCAGACUAGGCGCUCUGUUUGGAUCGGGCUGGUUCUUUGAAUGGCCAGGAGGGAAACGACCAUUGAACUCAACAUGGCCAUGGGCUGAUGUGAAGCCCUCGCUCUUAGUUUUAUGGGGUGUUUGCUGGAUGUUUGUCAUUCCCACCUUUGAAGUUACUUCAUACCAAGUACCCGAUCGCAACCGAAACAAUCUUGGGGGAAUGCCAUCACGUAAUACCGACCAGUACUAUUUUACUCCAUCAGGUACGUGCCGAAAUCCGUUGUGUUUAUUUAUGUAAGAGGGCGGGCAUUGUUUUUUGGCUUUGGACUCCAUAUCUUAUUGUGCCAGAUACUACAAGAGCAUUGUGGACGUUUUCGAAAAGAUUUAGAAGAAUCAGGGAACUGAGUUUUCAAUUCGUCUAAAUUUACUGAGACAAUAGUUCCAAUUGCCAGAAAAGUUUGCUUGGUUCUUUGGAAGGUCGGUGCCUGAGAACCACCAGCUCUCUUACUUGGAUGCCUGGAAGGAAGUCUGGCAGUCUCACUCUUAUAUUGGCGAAAGGAGGGAAUCGAUGAGAGGCUGAGGAGAGAAGAUGCCGAGAGGACAAGGAGAAUAUCAGGAAAGCUGAAGCACUCUCGUCAUGCAACCAGAUUAAGCAAUCGGUGAAAGGCGGUGCAGCGGUUUAGACAUUCACCACACACUAUGUUGUGGUCUGUGAGAUAGAGUGAAGAUUGGAUUGAGGCUUGCAAGUGGUACAGGAGAAAACAUCAAUAUAUCGGUUGGGAUAUGGAAAGACUGGCGAACUGAAAAAGACUGACGAUGCGUCUCGACAGCAACGCAAUCUCCCACCAUUGUGAAGAGAGAAAAUAUUUCACAUACGCAGAACUCCAACACACUUGCAAGCGACCACUGGCUGCUCAAUUCAACCAGUCCACUGGACAAUUCCUACCACCACCAGAACCACCACCACUACACCACCAGCCCAGCACCGCCGCAAUCGCUUCAAGUCCCCAUCCCCAUGCACCUCCCCAUGCAGUCCUCCGACCCUCGACCAGGCCACUUGCCACACACACACAGCUACCAGCACCAGCAUCAGGCAGAGGCUGCUACGCCAGCCAUGCAUCGCAACACCAAUCCACACGCUCUCCGUGAGUCAUCCUCCCCGUCGCCCCCAUCCCCAAACUAUUUUUGGGCUGCGCAGUCCAUGUCGCAGGCCGAGUCCACUCCUGGCGAAUCCAGGCAUGCGCGGCAACAUGUGACUGAUGGCACUUCGUCAAGGACUCACCAUUGUACUAACGCGGGUGCCUCACAGAUGCGCAUGCGACUUCGCCGGCCCAAGGCUCCCUCCGCGAUGCCAUUCACGGUGGUGGUCGUGCAAAUACAAAUACAAACGAUGGUGGAGCUUUGGCGGCAACGGGAACCUCACAAGUAGGCCCUAGCUCAGGCUCAGGCUCAGGUAAGCGCGAUCAUCAGCACCCGCACCUGCACCAGCACCAGCACCAGCACCACAACCUUAAAGCGACAACCGAAAAUUCAGGCCGACACAUCAACCAUCAAGCAACAGCUCCAGUCCAUCGACAGCAGCAGCAGCAACAGCAGCCACGCCGUUCUAACGCGAGUUACGAGUCCUAUCCUCACCAGAACCAUCAAUACGAUUCUGCGGCCGUGUCCCAGAUUCAACAACCCUUCAUCUCCGCCACCAACUACCCAUCCUUCGUCGUCGCUGACAUGUCCUCAAUGUACGACAACCAGCGGGACUUUACCCAUUACCCUGCCAUCGACGAGCCUCAGGAACAUGACGAUAGUAUUCACCAGCGAUAUCCAUCGCCCGGUGCUCUCAAUAAUCCUUAUAGUAAUCAACAAGCAAUAGAUGCGACCAUCAGCAUGGAGCUGCCUGAGCUACCCAGCAAGGCCGAGGACGACCCAGCUAGCCCUGGAAGAUCAAGAGCAAUACCAAAACCAGAUCGCGAAGUCACAAAGGAUCCCGAUGGAAGAUUCAUAUGUACAUGGGCUGGGUGUACCGAGGACACAAAAACUUUUGGUAGAAAAUGCGAAUGGUCCAAGGUAAGCAAACAUCUCGUUUGGAAUUUCUUUUGAGACAAUACAUUGAUACAUUUUAUUAGCAUAUGGACAAGCAUGAUAGACCUUAUAAGUGCCCCGCAGAUGGAUGCGAAAAACUUCCUGGAUUCACAUACUCCGGUGGUCUAUUACGACACGAGCGCGAAGUCCAUAAUCUUCACGGCGGCCCUCGAAAGCAAUUGAACUGUCCACACCCAAACUGCAAGAGACACAGUGGCAAAGGAUUCUCGCGACAGGAGAACUUGAAUGAACAUCUUCGUCGUGUACAUACUCCAGGAAAUACCGAAAAUGGUGGUGACGAGACUGAGGAUGAUGGAAGUGAACGAGCAGGAAUGAAGCGGAAGAGAAAUUCACGCAUGGGCGACGACAGUGAUAUACGUGAUGAAUUGGCACGAUUACGAAAGGAGAAUGAGGACCUUCGAAGUAACGCUGAACGACAGCAUCUGGAGACACAGGACUGUAAGCACCUCUUCACUCUUCUUAUGAAUCACCUCUCGAACAUCUCCCCAUUACUCAAUUCCAAACCAUACUGACCUUGCCUCUAGUAAUGGUGCAACUCCAAAAUUUACAAGGUUUGGUGGCCGCCAAAUUUGGCCAGGGCGGCGGCGGCGCACCACAGGCAAUGAUGUGAUAGAUCUCUUCUUUUUCUUUUUCUCUUUUUUCGCAAAGAAACUGAAAGAAAUUUGCGAUCAUUCCCCUCCUUUUUGUCGCGGCUUUCGACUUUCUCUUCGGGUUUUCGGACAUCACAUCAUGGAAGGAUGGGGCAUCGUCGUUGUUAUUUUUCUUGGAGUUUGAGGACAGAAAUCACCACAAGGGGUAUAUCAGACUCGCAUCAUGUUUUUUUUUUCUGGCAUUGCAAAUCAUGGCAUGGAGUAAACGGAUGCACUUUGUAUUUUUGUUUUGCUUUUUGCCUUUUGCGUUGGGUUGUUUUUUUCCUUCUACAUUCUCCUCUUUUUUAUACCAAAAACGGGUGUGGAUGGGAUGGUGGGGGAAGGGGGGGGAUGGGGAACGAAUUGCUACGAUAUACGGGUCUCCUCUUCGCUUCAUUGUUUCUCUGCUUUUGCGUUUAUUCUAGGCUUCUUUAUAUUCUUGCUUUUGCAGACAAGGGUGUGUUGUUUUUUUGUGGUGGGAGCGAGAGGACAUUGGGAAUGCAUACGAGUCGCGCGCGCGAAUGGGAGUGGGUACCUUUGAUAUCGCCGAGACAUUGAUGAGUGCGAGGGUGCGUUUUUGGGAAUACUCUGAUGUGAAUAUUAGUUGUAAGAAUAAUAGAUGUGCUUCUUUCUUUUCCUCCG